AUGUCUAAUAAUAAUAUUACAGGAAAGCUUCCAAAUCUAUCACAUCCUAUAUUUGAUCAUUGGCGUCCACUCGAAGUAGAUUUGAGUUUCAACUCUUUCGAGGGCACAAUACCUUCAUUCCUAGGAAAUGUUUCAUCUUUGAAGCUCAAUAACAACAAGUUUUCAAAUCCAAUUCCUUUGUUGUGCCCAAAAUCAAAAAUCGUUCUUCUUGACUUAGACUUGUCUAACAACUUGUCGUCAGGAGAACUUCCAGAUGAUUGUUGGGAGAAUAUGGAUGAACUGUCAUAUCUAAACUUGGAAAGCAACCAAUUUUCAGGAAAGUUACCACAAUCUAUAGGGGCCAUUAAACAACUUCAGUCGUUUCGAUUGUGUGAUAAUACUUUUUCAGGAGUCCUACCCAUUUCAUUAUGGAACUGCUCUUCUUUAGUCAUUCUUGACAUAGGAGAUAACCAAUUUUCCGGGAUCAUACCCCCGGAAAUAGGAAAUCUUCGAAGUCUCGUUGAUUUAAACUUAAGGAAAAACAGAUUAGUCGGAAAAAUACCAUCAACCCUUUUUACAUUAUCAAGCCUACAAAUUUUGGAUCUCUCCGGAAAUAGGCUCACAGGAACAAUCCCAAAGUCCAUCUAUAAUUUAACAGGAAUGAGUAACAAAACAAUUUUUUUGCCAAAUUCUACCAUUAUUUCUUCACAUAAAAGUUUUACUAAGUAUCCUCAUUAUGCUGCAUGGGUCAAGUGGAAAAGAGUACAACAGAAAUUUGGAAAUUUAUUGGGACUUGUUAAAUCAUUUGAUGUUUCCAACAAUAAUCUUCAAGGAGAAAUUCCUAGUGAGAUAUCAUAUCUUGGCGGUUUAGUCUCCUUAGACUUGUCGAGAAACAAAUUCAGUGGAACCAUCACGUCGAAUAUUGGCCAGCUAACGUCUCUAGAAUUCCUCGAUUUGUCAAACAAUCGUUUUUGUGGAGAGAUUCCAAUGAGCUUUGUAAAUUUGAGCUACCUUGGCAUCUUGGAUUUGUCAAAUAACAACUUAUCCGGGAGAAUUCCACUAGGAACUCAAUUGCGAGGUUUUGAUGCUUCAUACUAUAUGGGGAACCCUGGACUUUGUGGAGAGCCUCUUCCAAAGACUUGUCCGGGAGAUGAAGCAUUUAACAAGUCGCGUGAUGGAGAAGAUAUAGAGCUCACUCGACAAGACAAAGAUGAUGAAGAAGGUGUUUUUUCUCUAGGCUUGUACAUAAGCGUGGUGCUUGGUUUUAUCUUUGGAUUUUGGGGAGUUUAUGGCACCUUAGUGCUCAAAACUUCAUGGAGACAGGCCUAUUUUCGAUGCGUUGAUAGCAUCAAAGACCGAUUCUAUGUCAUUAUUGCUGUGAAUCUAGCAAGAGUUUCCAAGGCUUGA